ACCAUGAGUUAUACAAUACUAUAUGUUUCAUGAAAAUGUGAAUAUGUCGUUUGAUAUUUGUGAAUUGAUUGAAGUUAGAUUCAGCCAUUUUUCUCGGGAAUUGCCUUGGUGUUGGGCAUCCAACCUCAGCAUCAGUAAAUAUCACCUCGAUCUGUUGUUUUUCUAGACACUCCUCGCUAGGUAUCCUUCACCAGACACGGAGUGGAUAUCAAGUGUUCCUACUGAAGAAGAAAGAAGGCGUUAACAAUAUUUUCUGUUUUGGAAAAGAUGGUCAGUUAAAUAUUUCGCCGUGGUACACAGAUUGUUGUGAUUUUACAAACAGCAUUUGAGUUGAUAACAUCUCUGGAUAAUGUAAUUUGUGUAUAAAAGGAUAUUGCAUUAUAUACAUGAUAUAUAUAUAAACGAUUUCAUACAAAAUGGACGACAGUAAAAGAUUUGCAACUCCACAAGAGGAGAUAACAUUCUGGCGACAGACAGCAGAGCGGUUUAAACAUGACCUUGAAGAUGCACGAGAAGAGCUUGAAGAGUUCCAGAUCAGUAGCAGAGAACUUGAAGCAGAAUUAGAAACACAACUGGAACAGUUGGAAAAUAAAAACAAGGAACUCACUUCGGAUAGAUCCAAGUUACAAACUGAAAAUGAAUCUCUCAGGGAAAAAUUAGAGAUGAUCCAAUCUAAUUCCUUCAGGAAACAGACAGAGCUAGAAGACGAGCUAGCUCAGGUCACCGCUUAUAAGGAUGAAUUACAAAAAUAUAUCCGUGAGCUGGAGCAGUCAAAUGAUGACCUUGAACGCACAAAAAGAGCAACAGUGGUGUCAUUGGAGGACUUUGAACAGAGAUUGAAUCAGGCAAUAGAAAGAAAUGCUUUCCUUGAGAAUGAACUGGAUGAGAAGGAAAAUCUUGGAGAGACCGUACAGAGGCUAAAAGAUGAAGCUAGAGACCUUCGCCAAGAGUUGGAUGUUGUCACCGUGAAGAAGACAACACCAAAAGAAACCUUACAUAAGGAGCCUGGCUCCCCAGACCCAACCAAGUCGUCCCUGAGUUCGUCACCCAGCUCCACAACCAAUAACACGCCCACAGAAGGCUCUAACAAGCUGGUGGACAGUGGCUACAUGGGCUCACAGAUCAUCGCCUCAACUCCCAAUCUGAAACGUCUGCCCAGUAACAAUGGAGGUACACCCCUCACUCCCUCUGCACGUAUCUCAGCUCUCAACAUUGUUGCAGAUUUAUUACGAAAAGUUGGAGCUCUGGAAUCAAAGCUAGCCUCAUGUCGAAACUUUGUAAAGGACCAGCCAAGAAGUGGUAGACCAGGAGGUGGUAGUCCGUCAAACUCACCAAGGGCAAAGAGGUUAAACAGAGGAGCAUCAGUCCCUCCACAGCAGGGCGUAAAAAUUCCUGUAUAGAGCUCUGAGCUUUUGGUACACUUGGCCAGUGUUGUGCGCAACCAGCAUUUCUAGGAUCCUAUCUGCACCAUGACACAUAACAGGAGAUUUGUUUGUCCUGGAGAUGACGAAAUUAUGUAUUUUGUGUGUCUGAGACUUUAUGCUAGGAUAGAAAUACUUGGGACUACAUGUUACCUGUGACGUAACCAAGAAACAUAAAUCAUAUUGCAGUAAUGGUUUGUAAAGAGAUCUUGGUGAAAAAGAUUUCUCUUUAAGAACAAGAAACAUAACUGGCCAUUAAAAAGUAUUUUUUUGUUUGAGACUGGAUGUGUUUAGGAUAAAUAAGCCUUACUUGUGAAAGAUUGUUUUUUUUUUUUUUUUAUCUGAAUCAGGUUUUCAGAAAACUCAUUUAUAUAUUAUUAUUGACAAUUUGCAUUGUGUGUUCCUAAUACAUACAGUAUUGUGUCUAUUUUUCACAAAAUAUUACUGAUAUUAUCGGCUCAUUGACUAGAGUGCUCAUGUUACUGUCAUUUAACGGUUGUACCAAAAUAGAUAUUCUCAUUUGUAUAUCUUAUUUGAUUCUCGAAAUCAAAUCGUUUUGAAUUUUGGGGAGGUUAUUUGAGAAAUGUGUAUCUCUAUAAGUAAAUUUGAAAGCCUUAAUUGUACUUGACAGUAGAUGAAUACCUGGUACAUACAAACAGUGUCAUUGAUCAUAGAUUAGUUUGUAGUAACUGUAUGUACAAUUUCAUGUUUUUUUUUUAUUUAUAUCCAAUAUGCCAUACAUUUUGUUUUGUACAGUUUCAGAUUUUCAAACUUUUUAGUGCGCUGUGAAGACGCAAUUUGAACUCUUUUUAUAUAAAAGAGCUAAUUAAUGUCAGUCGACAUUUAAUAAAUUACAAGCUAAUACUCAAUUUGGGUAAUAUAGAUAUCUGUAGUAAUACAGAAUUAAGUCAUGCAUGUCAACAGUACAUGUGAUACGCCUCGACUAAAUGACCGUUCUGAAAUACAUAACGGUCAAGAACCGGCGUCCAGACGAUACUCUACAUUUAGAAUUUCUUAUUUCUAUGUCAUCUUCCCCCUACACCCAUCUAACGCUGCAAGGACUCCUUGGCCAGCCUUCACAAAUUAUCACUUAUGAAAUAAAAUUGGAAAUAAAUUGUAGAUGUAAAACCAUGUUCUGUGUAGAGAUAAUUGAUUUUCAAGUACAAGGGUAACAUCGAUUUUCUUCCUUGAUAAUAUUUAGAAAUAUUUGGAAAAUGAAAUCAAUAAAAUCUAUCAGUCACUUUAAUACUUGAAUGUAUGAUGUCAGAAAAUCUGUUGAGGUAAUCAUACUACGAUCAAGGAAUUAUGGCACCACUUAACCAUUCUACUACCAAACUAACAUACCAUAUGGACAGCUUUUUGUUUUGAAAAACAAAAUUAUGAGGAUAUAGUUCAAUUUCAAACCCUUUGAAGUGGAUUCUGUUCUGUGUAAUGCUUAAACUCAACAGUUCUUGUACACUAGUACAUGACUCAGAAUUAGGGACUGAAUGAUGAGUGUAACCUCUAGAACAGAUUUAGCAAAGACAUUUGUAGAGUAAUAGGAAGGAGUAAUGAAAAAUACUCUUCCCAUGCCAGGGUUCCCUGGUCACUACACCAAUUCUACCAUUCGGUCUAUAGCCAGACACCCUACACCUUGAAUAUAGGGAAAUUCCUAGUAGCUGAAUAUAAAGACCUGUACUCUCAAGUAUCUAUACCAGCAUUGUUAAUGGCAUUACCCUCCCAUCCAUGUACAUAAAUUGAUGUGUCUCUUUGUUCUUGCCUUGGGCUACCUCACUCAUGCUGUUUUAGAAAUGGCUUCAGGCUCUUCAAAGAUAUCCAUAUUGUCAUUCAUUUUCAUUCCUGCUGGUUGGUUUGUUGUAUGAACUUCUUGAUGUAAACUUGAAUCAGUAAUUGAUUUCUACAUUCGACUUGAAUAUCAACUUCUCUCUGUGUUAACUUGACUUCAAAAUCAGUUUUCACAAAAUGAUUGUAGAACUUUCAUAAUUUUCUGCAUAAAUUACCUUAAAAACCUGCCUAACUUUGGUCCCUCUCACUCUACACUUAUAUAUAAAGGAUGGUUUUGUAGAUUUCAACAGCUUCUGUUCAUUAGUCAAUGGUUUAUUUGGAUUGUAUACAAUAGAACCUUGUUAUUUCAAACUCAUAAUAUAACUCAAAGACCCAAUUUGAAAGUAUUUUGUUGGUCACAGCCUCACUUCACACCAAAAAUUCUACUUCAAUUAAAUAGAAUACUUUGGAUAAUUCGAAAGUUUCCUAUGGCCUUGUCCGCUUGAAGAUAAUGUGUGUUAAAUUCUGUCCAAAUGACACUUUAUUGAAAUGUGAAAUGAUCGUUGUUUUCCACUCAUUCCAUUCUUUCUCACUGUUAUCUACUCACCAGAUGUUUGUGGAGGAGAUUCCAAAGAUGUAUGUUGUUAUGCUUUAGAUUUUAUGUAAAAUGUAAUAAUUUUGGUAGAAUUUUUUUUCUAUGCAAUGUUAAAUUGAACUCUCAAUAUGCCAAAGUACACAUAGUAGAGCUUUUGUAAAUAAGAGAACGCUGCUGUCUCAUGCACAGGGCCUUGGCAAAAAUGAUCAGCCCUAAAGUACAUUAUUAUUAUGAUACAAUGUAUAUGAACUGUGAGGUAAGGAUUAUAUGCCAAGCCCCUGUGGUCCCAUGUACAGUGUACAGAAAAGAGAAUUUAUGUGUUCAGUUAACAGUAGAAAACCAGUGUGUUUGAUUUAGUUCAUAGAACUGCCCAAGAUAUGUGUUACUGUUUUUGAUAACAGUGUGUAGUUAUUUUGAAGUUGUAAAUAAGGUAGUUUAAAACAUGAAUAUGAUAAAACACUAAAGUACUCAAAUUAUUCAAUAUCAGAUACAAGGAAAGGUAGAUUAGAAUCUUAUAGGUAAGUAAAAAAUCCUCUCAAAAUUAUAUGACACAAUUUUUUUUCCAGGAACAUAGCAUGAAGGUAUCACUAUAUUCAUAAUAUUUGUCAUACCUAAAUCCCAAUAUCAUUAAAAGUCUGUAUUUAAACCACAUUAAUUAUCAAUAUUUAAAACAUCAUUAUUUAUAACUAGGUGUAUUGACAUAUAUAAAUAUAUGUGCACUCAGGUCAAUUAAGAUUUAAUAAGGUACCUCAUCUUACGACUACAGUUAAAAUUGAUUACCGGGUACUUUUUAAUUAGUGUUCCAAGAACAAUUUUCCUGGUAAUAUUUAACAUUAUAAUCGACAGUAUCAAUAUUUAAAUUUGUUUAAAAAUCAUUUCAGAAAGAUGAUGGAGUGAAAUUUGGUUUUGGAUUCUUCUUCAUACAAAAAUUUUGAAUGAUAUCAUUGAUUUGAAACACAUUAAUGAUAAGUAUUUUAUUUUGGAUUUUGUAUCGCUGACUAA